GUGGAGGGAGAGCCUGGCACUUAUUCCAUGUAACGACCGGCAGUAGCCAACGGACAGCAAAGGGUUGGGGCGAUAGCUGAGCCUUGAUGGGUUAAAUACGCCCUCGCUCCAGCCGUGGAGGAGGAUGGAUUACGAAUUUAAGAGCAAGCUGUCCGCCGAGCGGGAGAAAGUGGAGGAGCUGUUUGAAUAUGAAGGUUGCAAAGUGGGUCGAGGCACCUACGGGCAUGUUUACAAAGCUAAGAGGAAAGAUGGAAAGGAUGAAAAAGAAUAUGCACUGAAGCAAAUUGAAGGUACAGGAAUAUCCAUGUCAGCUUGUAGAGAGAUUGCACUGUUGCGAGAGUUGAAGCACCCAAAUGUCAUUGCGUUACAAAAAGUGUUUCUGUCCCACAGCGAUAGAAAAGUUUGGUUACUGUUUGAUUAUGCUGAACACGACUUAUGGCAUAUCAUCAAGUUUCAUCGUGCCUCAAAAGCAAAUAAAAAGCCCAUGCAGCUGCCAAGAUCGAUGGUCAAGUCACUACUCUAUCAGAUCCUGGAUGGAAUCCAUUACCUGCAUGCAAACUGGGUGCUUCAUCGAGACCUGAAACCAGCAAACAUCCUGGUAAUGGGGGAAGGUCCUGAGAGAGGAAGAGUCAAAAUAGCUGACAUGGGGUUUGCCAGGCUAUUCAAUUCUCCUCUGAAACCACUAGCAGAUCUGGAUCCAGUGGUGGUAACAUUUUGGUACAGAGCUCCAGAGUUGUUGCUUGGAGCAAGGCAUUACACGAAGGCCAUAGAUAUUUGGGCCAUUGGUUGUAUUUUUGCUGAACUGUUGACAUCCGAACCUAUUUUUCAUUGUCGUCAAGAAGAUAUUAAAACAAGCAACCCAUUCCAUCAUGACCAACUUGAUCGUAUAUUCAGUGUAAUGGGAUUUCCAGCAGAUAAAGAUUGGGAAGAUAUUAGAAAAAUGCCAGAAUAUCCCACACUUCAAAAAGAUUUCAGACGAACAACAUACGCAAACAGCAGUCUAAUCAAAUACAUGGAAAAACACAAAGUGAAGCCUGACAGCAAGGUCUUCCUCUUGCUUCAGAAGCUUCUGACUAUGGAUCCCACCAAAAGAAUCACAUCAGACCAGGCAUUACAGGAUCUCUAUUUCCAAGAAGACCCUUUACCCACAUCUGAUGUUUUUGCAGGAUGCCAGAUUCCAUAUCCAAAACGAGAAUUUUUAAAUGAAGAUGAACCAGAAGAAAAAACCGAGAAGAAUCAGCAGACACAGAAUCAGCACCAGCAACAAACGGCAACUCAGCAGCAGACUACAGUUCAGCAGCAGCAGGUGCAGCAACAAAACAGCAGCCAGACAAAUGGUACAGGGGGAACAGCUGGAGCAGCACUCCAGCACAGUCAAGACUCCAGUCUUAACCAGGGACCUCAGAAUAAGAAGCCACGCAUGGGGCCUUCAGCCAAUAACUCCGGUGGACCCUCCCUGAUGCCUUCAGAUUAUCAGCACUCCUCUUCGCGUCUGGGUUACCAAAGCAAUGUUCAGGGAUCUUCUCAGCCCCAGAAUGCCAUGGGCUACUCUACAACAUCUCAGCAGAGCUCGCAGUACCACCAGUCCCACAGAUACUAGAAUGAAAACCAACAAAAAGGAAACCAAGUACAUCAGAGGCUCCAGCUAGUUGGUGAAAAGAAAAACCAUCCAUUUGGGUCUGUGUUCCCAGUGUAUAGCCAUCCACAAAUGUUUGGUGAGACUCCACCUUGGCUGACCUUCGCUGAAGCCUGAGUUACUUCUUACAGUCAAAAUAAGUCAGAAUAUGUGAUUGAAAGCCAGCACUUACCUGUUUUCAUUUUUUUUUUUUUAGUGAUUUUAUUUGUGCAACUUUUUCUGGCAGUAAUAAUGACGUUAUUUAUCUUGAUAAGGCUGCUCAGUGUGCUCACAUUGUAGAAAAAAAGAAAUAUCUGGAAGAUUUCUAAUUCUGUAUAGUUUUUUAUUCUGAAAAACAAGACAAGAAGACAUAAAUGCACCUUUUUAAGCACUGCGUUCUGUUCACAGAGCAUUGCAGUUUUGCAAACAGAUGUCAAGAACAGGAAACUUUACUGUUCCAAAUUUCCUAUCCUUCUUUUUUUUUUAACAGGAUUCUAAAAAAAAA